GGAUCGAGGAGUCGAUCGAGGGAAGAAAUUUCUCGGAUGUGGUAGGUUGUAUCUUCGCUCGAAAAUGUAGUGGAAUGGAAUGGUACAAACUACAACGAUGGUUUACGCGCUCAUAAUUCACACACUUGUUCCUGGACCCUGUAGAUUGUUGUAUUCAUCAGUUUUUGUUCACGAACCAGAGAUUAAUGAAGAGGUAACAGAUGACGAGCGUGCAACCAGGAAGGAACACCUGUUGGAAGUGGCACAACGAGUGCAGUCUGAGUACUCUUUUAGAUAUGUUGCUUCAGAAGAUGACAGUGCAGAGGAUUUGACUGGAUUGUCUUCAACAAAUGAGCUUAUGUCCAAUUUGAAGUCUGGUGUCUUCAGGCUUUCACCAGGAAAUCCCUUCAAAGAAGAAAAAGUUGUUCUUUGGAAAGGUUUGGCAAAUGCAGGAUUCACUUUAGUCUGUGAAAAAGAUGAAAAUCGCCUCAUUGCUGAGAAUGUUUUGGACCAUGUUAUUAGACACCUUCAGGAAUACUGCCAAAUAAUUCUUCAGCCUUCCGAGGCAAUCCUCAAAGUGGACAGGGUUGUCACAAUUAUUCAUCAAUUUCUACCAAAUGGGCAGCUGCUGUUCAUGAACACUCGUUAUUUGCGGCAAAUGGAGAAAGAAUUGGAACAAGUUAUGUCCUUCAAGAGGGAGUGAACGUGACUGUUACACUUUAAAAAUUUUUUAUCCAUCUCAAUUAGUGCUCAGCUAAUGACUGGAGAUCUACAUAUUGUUCUUUAAAGAUAACUUUUUUUUCUCAAGAACACCAAAUUUUGUAAUUUUUCUUUUAAGUAAAAUUAAUAAAUAGUAUGUAUCACUGGAACUGUGUUUACCUUUCUGUGUUUAUAAUAGUAAAGUGUAUAGGGCAGUUUCCAAUUGACUGUUGAAAGACCAAAACCUAAGUGAUCAUGAC